UACAUUUGAAAACAGGCAUUUCAGUUUGUGACAUGACAAGAGCCGGUGUGGUUGAGUUCUGUUGAUCUCGGAUUGGACAUGACAUUCGUUGAUGAAUCCGUGAAGUGUAGAGGGCGUCAGUAAAGUGAUUUUUUUUAAACAUAUUGUAGUCUAAAUUUGAUCGAGAAGUGAUUUUGUGUAUUUGACAGUUAAGCCUCUGUGGCUACGAAUUAAAAGGAAGUUGGAGUGCUUUUCACUGCAGUAAUCGUGAGCAUGGCACACGAUUUGUGUGUCGCUGAAGAUAUGGCUUGUAUACAGACUAUUGAAACUCACAAGAAUGAUGUCACAUCUGUGGAUUUUGGAAUUGAUGCAAUGUUGGCUAGUGGAUCAGGAGAUGGCAUGGCACGUCUUUGGACCUGGGUCUCCGAGGACAAUUGCUAUAUCGAAGCUGAUUGUUCUCCUCUAAUUGGACACAAAUAUGGAGUAAAUUCUGUUUGUUUCUCCCCUCAAGGCACAAUGCUUUUGACUGGUUGUGGGGAUGGCAGUAGCAUAGUAUGGAAUGUAAAGGGUGAUAAGUCUGAAUCCGAGCCGGAGGACGAGGCGGAGGUGAGCGGCCCCGGCGGCGGCAAGCGCCUGUACCACCGCUACCUGGCGGCGACGGGCGGCAACGACAACGCGGUGCGCCUGUGGGACGUGCGCAGCCCCGCGUGCGGCGGCUGCGGGAGCGAGGUGCGCGCCGAGGUGGCCCCCGCCGAGCCCCACCACGCGCUCCUGGGCCACGGCUCGGCCGUCACCUCGGUGCGCUUCGCCCGCGCGGGCUCCCUGCUGCUCUCGGCCUCGCUGGACAAGACGGCGCGCAUCUGGCAGGUGUCGAGCGGCGCGUGCCUGUCGGUGGUGCGCGGCCACACGCGCUUCGUGUUCGCCGUGGCGGCGUCGCGCUGCGGCACGCUGCUGGCCACGGGCUCCUACGACCAGAAGGUGCGCGUGGACAAGAUGGUGCGCCUGUGGGUGCGUGAAAACGCAACUAGCCGUUUCGCAGAGGCCGAUUGCUCCCCGCUGGAAGGCCACCGCUACUCCGUGCUGGCGGCCGAGUUUGCCCCCGGCCCCUCCCCUCAGCUGGCCACCUGCUCCUUGGAUGGCGAGGCCCUGCUUUGGGACAUUCAGGCGGGGGAGCGCGCCGACUCGCCGCUGCAGUGCGCCGGCGGCGGGGCCCUGCGCACGCUACGCAUCUCGCCCGACGGCCACCUGCUGGCGACGGCCGGCGACGACGAGAAGGUGGACGUGUGGAGCCUGCACUCCGGCGAGAUGCUGCUGUCAGCUGAAGGCCAUACAGAUGCUGUGGCUGGAUUGGCCAUCUCGCCCGAUUCACAACUACUGGUGUCUUGCAGUGCAGAUGGCAGUAUCAGAAUGUGGGCAUUAUCCCCACCGUCUGCACAAGGAUUAUUUGUGUUAGAGGCAGCUCAUGAUUUAGGGGCACUUACUGUGGAUUUCUCGCCAUCAGAGGGUAUGCCAGGGAAGUGCCGGCUGGACGCGGCCGACGAGGACAAGGAGGCCAGAGGCAAGGGCAAGGACGGCCACUGCUACCUGCUGGCGUCAGGCGGCAACGACGAGGCGGUGCGGCUGUGGCGCGUGCGCGCGCGCUUCGACGGCGGCGUGCUGGCGUAUUCUGGAGAGUGUCUUCAUGUCCUGGAAGGCCACACUAGUUUGCUGACAUCAGUAGCCUUUUCUCCAGACUGUUCAUUGCUAGCAACAGGAUCUUUAGAUAAAGUUGUGAUGGUUUGGCAGUUGCCUGCUCACCUUGUUUUUCAGCUGACAGGCCCUGAUGGAUCAAAAUCUCACACAAAGCGUGUUGUAGAUUGGAGCCCUGAAGAUGUUGAUCAAUGGUUACGUGAGUGGGGAAUGCCUCGCCUUGGAGGACGGGCUCGAGUUGCACGUGUAUAUGGAGUUGAAUUAAUCACAUGUCCUGUGCAAGAUGUUUUAACAAAACUUCAAGGAUGUGAAGCUGGAGAGGCAUCUGUUGAGGAUGUGGAUGUAGCUGCAGCUGUUGAUGGUGCUGAAAAUGAGGAUGAAAUUGUAUUGGAAGAACAUAUUGUGCAGUUGAUACAUUGGUUGAAGCAUGCUGAAGCUACAGGAUCUUUUAGUGAUGCUUUACCUGAUGAAGAGCCACCUCCUGAAUUUCUGUGUCCUAUCACACAUGAAGUGAUGCGAGACCCAGUCAUUUGUUCCGAUGGAUUUACAUAUGAACGAGCUGCAUUAUCAGAGUGGUUGCUGGGUAGACGAUUCUCAUCACCGAUGACAAAUGUUCCUCUAUCAUCAUCACGCCUGCUGCCCAACGUAGCUCUACGGAGACGCAUUCUUGAAUGGAUGUUUGGUGAAGUUCCACCCCUGGAAGAUGAAUUUGCUAUUGUGCAACCAUCUGCACCUGGAGAAUCUCCCAAUGAAGAUCCAGUGGAAGUUGAAGAAGGGAAAGAGGCAGAUAGCUGAGAAUUAACACCGGAGGCAGGCGAAGAGGCUUGGGAGCCUCUAGCUGCUGACAGUGAGGCUUUGAUGCCUGCUGAGCCUGUACCUCCCUCCUCAAAAGCAUGCUGCAUUCUAUAAAGAAGAUACAAGAUAGCAGAUGUGUAAUGUGCACUAUGACCUUACAUUCUCUUAUUUGGUUGUUACCAUCAGUAAUUCAAGAACAGAUGCAUAUGUGUGGGAUGUGCACUACAACUUUUCAAUUUCCUAUUCUGACUUCUCCUUAUAUGACUAUACUAAAAACGUGAUUUUUUUAAGGUGUGCUAUUUGGUCAAGUUUUGGUUGAUGUGAAAUAAUUUAGUUGCUUUUGGUUGAAACUGAAAUAAUUUCAUAUGAUAAUUGUCAUUUUGGAUGUGAAACAUUGUUUCUCAUGAUCUCAGCUAUUGUAGUCUGUGAGAAAGCUUGGGGGAUGGGUUUUGGGAACCCGUUUGAUAGAUGAAUGUCAUCAUUACAGGAAAGGAAUGAGAAUUAAAUCAAUUGUUAGAGCUUGUCUAUUAUUUACAUAACGCUAAAACAAGAUGCCGGCAGCAUUAUGUUGUGUUACUUGGGGGGUAAGGGGUGUUAGUUUAGUGUUAUGUAUCAUAGAUUUUUUUUCAUUUUUAAACAUUUUCUGAAACAAUUACUUUAUUCUGUAUUGUACCAAGACAUUAAAUUAUCAACUAACUACUUAUGGCAUUACUUAAGUGCAUGGCUUGUGAUCAGAAAUUUGCAAAUCUGAGCAUCCUUCCUCUACACAUUUGUUUUCAAUCUUAUUGUUAAGGGUAGUCAACAUCACCAAUUAAUUCAGAGUUUAGUUAUCAUAAAUUUGAAAAUAUAACACAAAUAAACUCAAUACAAUUAGUUUGUACUGAGGUAUAAUUUAUUUUUACUUGUAAUGAGGGGAGGAGAUGUUGACGCAAGCAUUGCGUAAUUAUUCAGGAAGGGUUGAAGCGCAUGUAACAGGUGUGUUAUAGAGAAAAGAAAGGGUUUUCAAAAUAGUCCAAAUUUGCAAUACAAAAUUUAUGGAUGGCUCCUUACUGGAUAUGUUAGAAACAAUGUUUAGCAUUUAUAAUAAUGUCAUGAAGAAUGACUGACAAUUAGAGAUUUUUUAACAAAAAGUGUUGCGUGUACUUCAUCAGGCAUGCAAAAAGGUGUGUUGCAAAUGAUUAAUUAUAAUAUAAUUUACCAUUAAUUCUAAUUUUUCCUUGUCAUAUUACAUACUACUUCAGUCCAAUCUUACUUCUUUAGUUACUCAUAUUGAAAGCAGUGUAACAUUUUGGGAGUGUUACAUUCCCAACAAAUAUUUCACUUUUUUUUCAGUACCUACUUGCACUUUACAUCUUGAUUUUUAGGAGUUCAUAGUGAAAAUGAAAAUUCUAAUUUAUCUAUAUACUUUUUUUACUACUCACAGUUCUUUUGGUAUGUGAUGUAUUUUAAUUACCUUCAUUCUUUCUUAUCUAAGGACAUCCUGCACUUCUAUCUUUCAUUAAUCUGUGUUGGUUUUCUUUUAAAAUCUGUAUAUUACAUUAUUUAUUUAUUUACCAAAUUUACUCAAAUAGAAGAUACCUCAAAUAUAAAAUGACUGUUGAUUUUUAACUUUAAAUUAGUUGUUGACAAUUAACCAAAAGACAAGAGGACACACAUUUUUGUAACUAGAAAUUAUUUUCCAACAAAUGAAAUGGUGAAGGGGAAGUGUAUCUAAAUUAUUUAUUAUGUACACGUCAGUAGUAUUUAUAUACUCUACAUGAAUUAAACUUCCAGUAAAUAUCAUGGAUUUUGAACUAUAAUCAUGUUUAUUAUUUUUGUGGCAUAGUUCUCUUUUACAUCUAACACACCUAUCAAAUUUACACUACUGAGUUGUCAAUAAAAAGUGAACUUUGUGGAGAGGUAAUUAAUUGCACUUUAACUUAGUAAAUAUUAAGGUUUUGUUGAAAAUGCACAUCAAAGUAGGUUGGUGCAAAUGCAAUUUGCAACCAAAGACCUGAUUAAUUAUUUGUUUCUUGGGAUGAUGAUCAAGCAUAACUCAAAAAUGGAGCAUUUAAGGGCCUUAAAUCCGGGUGUCUCAAGGCCAUAGGCCUUGAGUUAGGUUCCUCACACCAUAAACUCUUAAAUACAUCUUUUGGAGGGUUACAUUUUCUUCUUAAUUACAUUUUGGGGGUUUCAGCUCUUCAGAGACAUGCAAAAUCACAAAUGUUAUUAGUGCAAAAAUAAGACUACUUCACAUUGUUUAAAGAUGAAAAAUGGAAAAAAUUAUAUUCAUCUUAUAUUUGGCUUAGUAUGGUAAUUGUUUCUAAAACAGUUAAGCUUAUAUGUGAUUUUUGGGAAGGGAGAGGUUUAUUUUUUUAUAGGCUGUUUCAUACUCUUAUUGCUGCUGGCCAUGAACAUAUGAGUGAAUUCCUUUGUCAUAUUUUCUUGUUAAUACACAUUAAUUAAUGAUAUUAGUUUCUUUAUGGAAUAUGUCAUAGAAACAUUUUUUGAAAGAAAUAAUAAAAAAUAUGUUAUCAUUUUCAGUAGAAUUGUGUUUAAAUGCUAGGGGAGGAAUUUGAAAUUUUCUAUGCAUUAUUAUUACAAUGUACAAACAUUUACUAGAUAUGAAUUUCUUUUAAAUAAAUUCUUUAAACUAAGAUUGCCACUCUAACUUUCUGUGAUAUUGAACUCCACAAAUCAUGACUUGCUCAUAUAUUUCUCGGAGACUUUGACUGAAUUCAAAACCAAAGAUGGUACUCUUUGCUUAAAUUUUAAUACAAUUUAAAUCAAUAUGCCAUCAAGAUGGCCUAUGAGUGAGAAUUACUAUCUUGUUUGUAUGGAAAUUUACAAAGUAUUUGUCUGGUAUGUUUUUGCAGAUUAUGUAAACUAAUUUUAUUUAGGCAAGUGCUUUUCUUCUUAGGAAGUUUUAACCAAUUUCAAAUAUCAAUUUUUUCAAGUAAAUACAAAGUUGAAUUACUGCUGUAGUGGAGAUUUAUAAGUUAUAUUUGCAAUACUAUGAUUGGUGUAUGUGUAUAUUAAGUACCUGCUGUCUACAAGCAUUGAUGAUGAAACACAUUAUUCACAACAAUCAACAACAUUGAAACUGCAAAGAGAAUUGAAUUGAUGCAAGGAUUCCAUGACAUGGGUUAAUAUUUUUAUAUAUUCAUAAGCAGUUUGUAUAUGCUGUUGAGCCACAGGUCGAAUUAUAAUGAAUUCCAAGCUUUUAGAUACUAAAUGGCAAGUAGGGUAUGAAGUGAGGGUUAGUGUUCAUAAAUAUUUUAAUAGUUCUGUUGGUGGAGUACACAUUUAAAUUCAUAUUACUGAAAGAAUGUGAUUAAUUGCUAAUAAAAAAUUGUAAUGUUCAGUUAGUUUCAAACAUAUAGAAACUUUACUAUAAUACUAUAAUUAAUUUUGCACUAAAUAAAGUGUUUUAUAAUAUAUUCUCAGGUUCUUAAGGAAUUGUCGAAAAAGACGGUAUCAUUCCAGUCCUCUUGGUACUUAGCUCUAUUACUAUUGGAUUGAUAGUAGCAUUUUCAUUGAAAAUGCUCUUGUAUCUUAUCUUGUAAUGUUAGUAGAUAAUUAAACGACCAAGAGGAUCAAGGUCUUAUUCACAGAUACAUUAUUUUUUUUUUUAUCCAUUAUUUUAAUCUAAUUGUUUUAGAUUUGAUAUUGGACUUAAAGCAAGGGUGAUAUUAAAAUAUUUAUUUGUGGAUAUCAGCUUUUACUAUUUCAGCAAAAGCAAUUGGACUUGAGAUAGUUUGUGUGACUUGCACAUCAUAAGCACAAUCAAAAAUAAAAAUUGAAAUAAAUUUUUGCAAUUUUUAUUUUAACACCAUCUGUGUUUAUAAAGACCACUUAAUUAUUGAAUUUGUAUAUAAUAUAUAUAUAUAAUUGUAAGGAUAAUAUAUAUUACAGUUACAUUUUGUAAAAAUAUACAUAAUUAAUUGUCCUUGCGUGUGAUAGAGAAUUGGUAUAUACGGAUGGAUAUAUAUAAAUGUAUACAUAUAAAUAUGUUAAUGGAGUAGUUCCAAAUCAGUUGAUAGCUCCAUGUCUCUAACCCAUGUAGUUCAAAAUUGUAUUUUAAUAUAAGUACAUCUUUUAAUUGUGAACUCUGUUAAGUGUUGCAUGAUAUCAUGAGAUUUGGAACUGAAAACAUCAUUUGAAAGGGGCUGUGAGUAUAAGAUAGUAAUGUUUAUGCCUUUGAUCAAAGAUACUUUCUGUCACCUUAAAGACAUGUCUAUGAUGUGUGUCUCUGACCAGAGUCAUAAAUAAUAACUUGUGUUAUAGAGUUAGUACAUGUAAAUGGAUAAUUGAAAGAUGAUAUUGUAAGCCUAAGUUGCCCUACACAAGUACAUGGUAUCGUAAGCUUGUCUAAUUUAUUUUAAUUUUCUUUGUGAUGUGCGGUAUAUUUCUGAAUGUAAUUUAUAAUGUAGUAUUAAAGGCAUCGAAAACUUAUUUGUUUAAUUAUGUGGAAUGCAUUCUGUAUGUCAUUUUUGAUUAAAUAUGUUUGUUUCACGGC